CCCUCCCCCUUACACACUCGCACGCACUAUCGCGCCGGCUCCCACACGCUCGCGCGCCUCCCGCUCCGCGCCUCCGUGUCGGCCGGCGGCGUCCAGGGCCCGCGGAGCCACCAUGUCCACUGCCUCCUCCUCCUCCAGUUCCUCUCAGACCCCUCAUCCCCCGCCGCAGAGGAUGCGGCGCAGCGCCGCGGGCUCCCCGCCCGCCGCCCCCGCCGCCGGGAGCGGGAACGGUGCGGGCGGCGGCGGCGUGGGCUGCGCCCCGGCUGCGGGAGCCGGCCGGCUGCUGCAGCCCAUCCGCGCCACGGUGCCCUACCAGCUCCUGCGGGGCAGCCAGCACAGUCCCACGCGCCCGCCGGCCGCCGCCGCCGCCGCCGCCUCGCUGGGCAGCCUCCCGGGGCCCGGCGCGGCCCGCGGCCCCAGCCCGCCCAGCCCGACGCCGCCGCCGGCCGCGGCCCCGACCGAGCAGGCGCCGCGGACCAAGGGCCGCCCGAGACGGUCCCCGGAGAGCCACCGGAGGAGCAACUCACCUGAGAGACGGAGCCCCGGCUCGCCCGUGUGCAGAGUGGACAGGCCAAAAUCUCAGCAAGUUCGAACCUCUAGUACGAUCAGGCGAACCUCUUCCUUGGAUACGAUAACGGGACCUUACCUCACAGGACAGUGGCCGCGGGAUCCUCAUGUUCAUUACCCUUCGUGCAUGAAAGAUAAAGCUACUCAGACACCUAGCUGUUGGGCUGAAGAGGGAGCAGAAAAGAGGUCACAUCAGCGUUCUGCAUCAUGGGGGAGUGCUGAUCAACUAAAAGAGCAGAUUGCCAAACUGAGGCAGCAACUACAACGUAGUAAACAGAGUAGUCGGCACAGUAAGGAGAAAGAUCGUCAGUCACCUCUCCAUGGCAACCACAUAGCAAUCAAUCACACUCAGGCUACUGGUUCAAGAUCGGUCCCUAUGCCACUGUCAAAUAUAUCAGUGCCAAAAUCAUCUGUUUCACGUGUGCCCUGCAAUGUAGAAGGAAUAAGUCCUGAAUUAGAAAAGGUAUUCAUUAAAGAAAAUAAUGGGAAGGAGGAAGUAUCCAAGAAAAAAAAUCGGGACAAUACUGCAUUGGAACCUAUAUUUGACUACAUUUUAAAGCCUUUGGAUAUACCAGAUGGUCGAAGAGCCCCACUCCCUGCUCACUACCGGAGCAGUAGCACUCGCAGCAUUGACACUCAGACCCCCUCUGUCCAGGAACGCAGCAGUAGCUGCAGCAGUCAUUCACCCUGUGUGUCCCCAUUUUGUCCCCCGGAAUCCCAAGAUGGUAGUCCUUGCUCAACAGAAGAUUUGCUCUAUGAUCGUGAUAAAGACAGUGGGAGUAGCUCACCGUUACCCAAGUAUGCUUCAUCUCCCAAACCAAACAACAGCUACAUGUUCAAACGGGAGCCCCCAGAGGGAUGUGAGCGAGUGAAGGUCUUUGAGGAAAUGGCGUCUCGUCAGCCUAUCUCAGCCCCUCUCUUUUCAUGUCCUGACAAAAACAAGGUUAAUUUCAUCCCAACCGGAUCAGCUUUCUGUCCUGUGAAACUUCUAGGCCCUCUCUUACCUGCCUCCGACCUGAUGCUGAAGAACUCUCCUAACUCUGGCCAGAGCUCAGCUCUGGCAACCCUAACCGUUGAGCAGCUCUCCUCCCGGGUUUCCUUUGCAUCUCUUUCUGAUGACACCAGCACGGCAGGCUCCACAGAGGCCUGUGUUCAACAGCCAUCCCAGCAGCAGCAGCUCCUGCAGGAACUGCAGGGUGAGGAACACGUCUCUGCUCAGAACUACGUGAUCAUCUAAAGCAGAGGAGGAGCUGGCCUCCACCCUGCAUCCAUGGACCAGGAACUAGAUCUCAGAUAUCUAUCUGCAUGGAGUGACAACCUUACUGAACACCACCACCACCAACAGAAUACUUAUCAGCAUCAUAAAGUAUCUCUUAACACUGAUCUUGGCAGGGACGGAACUCCUAUUCAGCAGUUUUUGUGGAAAGCAGUAAUGCUUGCAAAAUGUGUGUGUCAUUCAGCAUUUUAAGUGGAGACUAUGCAUUUCAUAGUAUGUUUGACAGAUUAGUACUGUGUCCUGUGUUUUGUUCCAAAUUCUUCAGUAUAAAUAAGCUCUAUAUCAAAAAGUUGCCUGUCUAAAUAGAAAAUGUCUUGCUGUGUUUUGUCCUAUGGAAAAUACUGUACUUCAGGAUUAUGUUUACAAUUGAUCCAGGUGUUUGUUUCUAACUUCUGUAAUACAUACAAUGCAAAAAAAAAAAAAUAAAUGGCCACAACAGUUGCACAGUGCCCACCCUAUGGCCUAGCUUCAGGUACUUCAGUUGAAGUCUAAACUCAGGUAACUUGGAAUGUAUAUCAUAUUGGGAUAUUAAAUAUUUCACAGCUAAAACGCUAAAGAGAGAACAUCACUCUUUUGCCUUUCCUUAUUUUGUGCAUUUCCCUUUCCUCAUUACAUUCCACAUGCUUAGAAUAAGAAGUGCAUUCAACCCUAUGAGAACGAUGAUCCUGGACAUGGGUGAACAUGAGGAGAACCAGCAAACCUGUGGUGUCGGACAUCACUUUUGUCAUGUGGUUACAAGUAAAACAACUGUUGCAUUUGCUGUUUCAACACGUGUAAAUGUGGCUUCUUUAACAAGGUCAGGUGUUGCUCAGUUAAUGACUGUUACAAUGUUGCAAAUAAAGUGUCCACUACCGGGUUGUACAUAAACAUUCCACGUUGUGGGUGAUGGAAUUUAAAGAUAAGAAUGUCUAGGUUUAAUUUCUGAACAAGGGAAGUUUGGACAAGUGAACAGGGGAUAGCUGAGCUUCUUUGUUUAUGUUGGCCAUCAGGGUCAUGAAAUGCUACUGUUUCAUCUAAAGGCAUAUUAAUGUUUAGUUUCUCUUUUGGAAAUUCUUUAAUUUGCAGGUUAAAAAAGGACAGACUUUUGAUGAUUGUUUUCCUCAAGUAGUUUAGGGGCAUGAAUUGCAUUCACGUAGAGAGAGAAUGUGUGGGUCUAAGUAAGAAUCAAUGCAAUUUAAGUAAGCAGGUUAUCUGGUGACUUACAAUAGUGGUAGUUUGAAGCUGUCUGAUUUAAGCCUCUCAUAACAAUAUCAUGAAUAGUUCUGUUAAUAUUUUGAGAGUGCGAAGUAGAGCAUAAACCCAAGUAAAUAGCCUUACUUCUCAACCAAGUGUGAAGAGAGAGCCCUAGAUAUUCCUCAUUAGUCAGUGGAAGAGCCCGACUUUCAGAGAUUGUUUUCUGCAGCACAAAGGGAGUAUCCAAAAGCAGAGAGAAGUUUUUCUAUUUUUAUUCCAUUGCUUUCAGUUCGAUAAAACAUAGUAUGGCACAGUUUUCGUUAGAAUUAGGGGAACAAGGUGCCUCCAGUUGCAGGAACGUUUCAGUUCCCUUCAGUCAUUCCUGGGUUUUUCCUUAUUUUAUUUUCUAAGGAGGUCGAAGAAGGAAGAGAUGAUAAAGAAGAAAGCAACACCUUUUUUUUUUUUUUUUUUUAAGAAAUGGCACAUAUAUGUAUAUGUUGGUAUGUGUGUGUAUUCUGUGUAUUAUUUUGUCAUGAUCCCAGUUAUCUUCUUUCCACCAAAGUUUGCAGUAAUAUUCUCUCCCGAAGGUGCGUUCUGGCUCCUUUAAAUUAGUCAGUGUUAUAUUGUAGGAGACUGUCAUGGAAAAGGACUCAGUUUACUUUUGUCGUUUUCACAGGGGAACCUUUUGAAACAAUCUCUUCAGCAGCAGACACCUUUAACCCUAAUAAUCUCAGGCCUUGAUGAAAAUACUAUAUUUUGUAGAUUAUGGUUAAAGGGAGAAAAUUACUAGUUCUGUAAGAUAAAUAUGAGCUCCAUUAACUUCUGAUAUCUGGUUUAGCAUUACAUAAUGUGUUGAUCUUUUGCUCUGCUUUUAUCCAAAUAAGAUGCAAUAGUAUCAAUAUCAGUUUCUGAAAGAUGGACUGAAUAUGCUUUUUUGGUGAUGAAAUCUGAUGUACGAUAUUUAUAGUGACGUACUUUUAUUUUCUCAUGAGAAACUAAAUAUUAAUUGUGUUGUACAUUUGUUCUUAGCAUAUAUUAAAGUUUUGAACCAAAUGUGUUAAAGCUUAUGCUUUGCCAUGUAAAUUUCCCAGAAGUUGUUGAGCUCAAAUGUAUCCUACAUCCAGCUGUAGAAAUUUGUCAGAAAUUGUUUAAAUUUUGUAUAUAGUUGUACUGUUUAAUUCUAGCCACUGCGGUGAACAGUAUUCGAGUUACCAUACAAUAUGGCUUUACACAAGGAAAUGUGUGGCUUUUGUUUUGUAUUUUUUUCAGUAUAGAAGUUCCUGUGUCUUAUUUAAAUAAAGUUAUUAGUAAAACUGGAA